AUGAUGACAAAUAAUGUUGUAGUUGAGACACAUUACACACAAAAUAUGAAUCGUUCAUUAGCAGGCGAUUCUGAUACUUAUCAACAAUGCAAUUAUCAAACAUUUCAAAUGCUUGUUCUUUCUGUUGUUGAUCCAUUAAAUACUGAUGAAAUUCGACUUAAACAUGUUCAUAAUAUAUCGGAAAACGUCGAAAUUCUUUCAACUUUACCCAAUUACGCAAUUUACAUAGAUUUAUUAGUUAAAAAUUUUCUUAGAUCAUUGGUUGAAGCAGAGACAGUAUUUAUCAUUCCAAGCAAUGCACAAACAAUAAGAAAACAGAUGAUUGAAAUUUUUCAUCGUUUACCAAUAACGGAAGCUCUUCGGCCAUUUGUAAAAGAUAUUCUUUCUCCAAUGUUUAAAUUAUUAACAAAAGAAAAUGAAGAAAACGCUUCUCUUUUAUUACGCAUUAUUGUUGAAUAUAUGAAACAAUUUCGUCCACAAAUGAUUAUGGAAGUUCGCGAAUUUCUUCAAUUUGUUCAUAAUGUUUAUCGACAAAAAGCGUCAGCGCUUGAUCAAAUAUUUUUAACGAAAAUAUUUUCACAUCCAACAUUAACAAUUAAUGAAAUUGAUGUAACAAGCGUUCUUGAACAAAUAUGUACAUCGGUUAAAUUGGUUGUUAAAAAGAUUCAAAAUUUUCCUGUACAAACAUCAUUAACAACAGAUGAACCAACCAAUCCACCAGCACAUGUCGUAACCGAUACAUUUACGAUUCUAUCUCGUGCAUCACAUUCAGUAAAAUUAUUAGCUGAAUUUCCAGUUGCUAUUGUUCUUCUCUAUCAACUUUGUCGACAAUCAUUACAAACUGAAUUCGGGGAAUUAGUACCGCUUUUUCUAAGAUAUCUUACGUUACAGCCAAGCAAAGAACAAAAGAGUGAUCAGAAAUUUAAUAUGGAAAUUUAUAUUGAAUUUCUUACAACACAAGCAAAAACGUUAUCUUUUCUUGCUUUUGUUGGUAAAACAUAUCAGGAACAAUUGGCAUUAAAUAGUGAUUUAUUAGUUAUUGCAAUUUUCCAAUUACUUGAUGGUUGUCCACCAGAGAAUGUACAAUUACGAAAAGAUAUUAUUGUUGCUGCUCGACAUUUUGUUUCGUCAGAUUUUCGAACAUUGUUCAUUCCACAUGUAAAACGAUUUUUCGAUGAAAACCUAUUACUAAGUACUGGUUAUACUGCACGUGAAACACUCAAGCCAUUGGCUUAUAAUACGUUUGGAGAUUUUUUUAAUCAUAUUCGUGCAAGUUUAUCUAUUGAAGAUCUUCAAAGUGUAUUGUAUAUGUAUUCUAAAAUGAUUCAUGAUUCGAGUUUACCACCAACAAUACAAGUGACGAGUUUAAAAUUUUUAACUAAUAUUGCAGAAUCAAUACGUCAAAAAGCAUCUGAAAAAUCUCGUGAUCUGCUCAUACAUGUUGUUGAAACUCUUAUUUUUAAAUGUAAAAGUUUAGCUAAACAAUGUACUCAUGCAUUGAAUAGUUCCAAUGAAAAAUCAAAUACUCCAACGAUACCGCCUGUUAAUGAAGUUGAUGUAACAACAAGCACAUUGAACGAACUUGUUCAAAAUAUGAAUGAUAUAACUAAUAGAGAAAAAGAACUUCAAUGUCAACAGUUAUCUUUGAUACGUUUUCAAGCAACAUCACCAUUAAUCUAUACAUUAUCGUCAAAUGAUUGUCGUACAAUCUUAAAAGUUCUUGUCAGUAGUUUACGUCAUAUCACAUGGAUCUUAGCUGAUGUUAAAAUAUCUGAUAAUCUUGUUACACAACCAAAACAAUUUCCUCCAUCAAUAACUAUUCUUUACAUUAAAUUUUUCAAAUAUAUUCUUCAAUGUUUGAUACUGUUUUUUGAAUCUGCACCACCAACAAAUGCAAAUGGAAGUUCUUCGUCAACAACUAAUAACACAACCAAUAUAACACGUAAUAAAGAAGAAAAAGAAAUCAUGGAUAUGAUUGCAAGUGUAUUUAUUGUUAUGCAUAAACAAAAUUAUCGUGAAAUAUUCGAAAACAAUCUAUUAUAUUUUUAUCAAUGUGCUAAUAAAAAUCCCAAUAUAACGCUAAUUAUGAAUACAUUACUACAACAAUCACCAUCGUCAACCAUACUUGUUGAAUUAUUACUUGAAUUUCUUCUACCGCGAAUAAAUGAAAUCGGAGAAACAAAUAAUACGAAUAAUGCUUGUUUGAAAUUAUUUAAAUUAGUUAUCAAUAGUGUUGUUACAACAACAUUAGCGAAUGAAAAUGAAAAAAUUCUUCAACCAUAUUUAAAACAAAUUAUUUUACGUUCAAUUGAAUGUGCACAAGUAACACAAGAUCCAUAUAAUUAUUUUAUAUUAUUACGUGCACUUUUUCGUAGUAUUGGUGUUGGUAAUCAUGAAUUACUGAAUCAAGAAUUUUUAACUCUAUUACAUUUUCUCUUACAACGCUUAAAUGAAUAUCAAUCGUGUAAACAUCGACAAAAUCUAAGAGAACUAUUUAUUGAAUUAUGUUUAACUGUACCUGUACGUCUAAGUGUUUUAUUACCAUAUUUACCAUUAUUAAUGGAGCCAUUAGUUAAUGCACUAAAUGGUUCAUCAACAUUAAUUUUACAAGGUUUACGUACAUUAGAAUUGUGUGUAGAUAAUUUACAGCCAGAUUUUCUUUAUAAUCAUAUUUUACCUGUACGAAGUAGUUUAAUGAUAUCAUUGUAUCGUUUAUUGAGUCAUUCUAAUAAUGAUAUUGCACAGAAUACAUUUCGAAUAUUAGGAAAAUUAGGUGGAAAUAAUCGAAGAAUACUUAAUGAACCACAACAAAUCAAAUAUGAUACUGAAGACUUUGAUUCAGAACAAGAAGCUGAAAUUUAUCUACAAAUGUCUUUUGAACAUGAAACAAAAUCAAUUAGUAUACCAUUAUUAAAAAUUCUUCGUACUUGUGCCGAUCAAUUAAAAUCUUCUAUUGCUGAUCAGCAUCAAAUAAAACGUCAAGCAUGGCUCAUAGUUCGAAGUGUUCUCUCGGUUCUUAUUUCGAAUGAUGAUGAUCACGAUCUUGUUACACAUCUUUUAAAUCAUUCGAGUUUUCUAAAUGGUAAUAUAUCUGAGUGUCCAUUAGUAUGGAAUGCAAAUAUUGAAUUAAAAUCUCAUUAUGGUCAUAUUUUACUCCUUCAAUGCCUUCAUCAAGCUGCGACAUGUAAAACAUUAGCUGAUGAAGUUCUUUCUAUAUUGAAAUCUACUAUUCAACAUUAUGCAUUGGUUUCAUUAACACGUCAAAUAGGGCCUUCAUCAUCAGAAACUUACGAUACAACUGAUAAUAUUGAUUGUUCAACAAUUCUAAUCGACAGUAUUGUUUCUUGCUAUAUUGAUAUUGAAGAUGAAUUAAAUGCUAUUGGUCGCAUAUCAUUCGAAACAUUGCUUAAUACUUUACUUACAAUAUUUAAUAGCGAUUAUCAACGUAUAACUAAACUGCCAAUAUUAAAUUAUUUAAUUACUACUCUACGUAAUCAUUGCCAUGAUCGGAUGUGGUAUUCAAAACAAGGUUCAUGUCGUUUUCUUCAUCAAUUAUGUUUAAAUUAUUUUCGAAAAGAAACCGAGUGGUUUAUGAAGAAUUUCAGUGAAAUUCUAAAUGAAUUCUUUCAUGUUAUUAUCUCUCUAACGGACGAAAUUUCAUCGGGUACAUUAGAUAUAAUUUCAAAUAUGAUUAAGGAAUUCUUUGAACAUUAUACUUCAAUAAAAUCAAAUGAAAAUCUAAAUGAAAAUUUAAUUGAAUUAUUACUUAAUUAUAUAUUUUCACCGAUUAUCUAUAUUCGUAAUCUAGUCUACGAUUGUUUACGUCAAUUAAGUUAUUCAUUUCAACAACCAAUAUUACGUUUAAUUGAACCAUUUAAAAGUGAUUUAAUAAAAAAAUUUUCAUCUUCAAAUAUUUUACCGUUUAAAAAUCAAUCACUCAUGUACCAAAUAACAUAUUUGGAUGUCUAUAUUUAUUUUCGUACUUUAGAACCAAAAAUUUCCUACAUUACAUUAUAUGACGAUGAUUUAUUUAAAGAUUUAUCAACAUUUAUAUUUGAUGAAAAUGAUUUAAUUAAAUCAUCAUCCUAUCGUUCCUUAACACAACAACAAUUAACAUUAAAUUUAACUGUAUUAAAAAAAUUAGCAGUACGUACAUUAGGAGAAUAUCAUGAACAAAUUGAAUAUCGUGAUCGUGUAUUAAGAUUAUUCUUUAAAAUUUUAACAACAAUUCAAUCCAAUGAAUUACAAUUGAUUGCAUAUGAAACGAUAGAAAAAAUCUUUACAGGCCAUCAAAAUGAUCAAUUACGCUCGCGUUUCGUUGAUUUAUAUGUUCAAAAACUACCAUUUCAAGAUUAUGAAAAAUUAAAUUUAACGCCACAAAUGGCACAAACAUUAUUUUGUCUGUCAAAAUUAUCACCGAAUUCAUUUGACGAACGUCUUUGUGAGCAAAUUCUUAAUUUAAUUCGAAGGUUGAUGCAGACUAUUGCACAAACAUUUCGCUCGAUUGUUGAUACACAAAAUCAAUACUAUAAAUCGUGUUUGAUUCUAUUGGAUUUAUUAGCAACUUUACCAACUUCAUCGAAAAAAAUCAUUGAAUCUUUAACGAUGCUUAUUUUAAAAUUUGAUAAACAUCUUAUGAUAGAAUCAAGUAGUGCCUGUCGUAAAUAUUUAGUUGAAUUAUUGAUUCGUCAUCCACAAUUAAGUCUUGAUCAAUUUAUAAAUGAUGAAAAUCGUUUACAAGAUUUACAGUGGAGUCGUCUAUUUCUUGACUUAUUAAAAAGUUCAUCAUCAUCGAACAUUCAAACAUUUGUACGCACAAAUUGGCUUGAUCGUUUUCGUCAAAUUCUUAGUGAUCAUAUUGUUUUUAUUGAAACAUCACAAAAUAUUCCUUCAAUCAUAUGUAUAACAAUACGUUCAUUAUCGAUAUUAGCACGAACCGAUCAAUUAUGGUGGUCACGACAACAUGAACUUGUUUCACUUCUAUUACGUUUAUGGCGUUCCAAUACAUUUCAACAACAUUCAUUCUUAUCUUCAGAACAUUUUGAUUCAUUUUGUACAAAAGAAUUGAAUAAUGUUCUUAAUCUAUGUUUAAUCUAUUAUCAGUAUCAACCUGAACGCAUACGUUUAUUACUUGAAUUAACACGUAUAUAUUCAUCUAUAGACAAAUUAUUUUAUCCAAAGAAAUUCUUUAGUUUUAUACAAGAUACAAUAAUAAAAACUUAUUCAUUAAAAUGGAAACGUGAUGCAUUAUUAUCAUUUAUAUCGUUACGUAAUGAUGAGUCAUAUACAUUAGAAUGUAAAUCAUUAUUUUUCGAAUACAUUUUAUUACCAUCAUUUACAUACGAAUUUGAAAAUAAUAAAGCACAAAUAACAAAUGAAUUGUUUCAAAUCAAUGCAAACAAUGAUGAAACUAUUAUUGAUUUAUUCAUUCGAACAAUGAUUGACAAGAAAUAUCUUCAUCAAAUCAAUGAUAAAUAUCGCAUUUGUUUAUUAAGAUUUUUAUGUUUAUUUCUUGAAUAUAAACCACAAUUAAUAUGUGACACAAAUUCUUCAAUAACAAAUAAACGUGAUAAUGAAAAACUUCGUCGUGUUAUGGAAUGUGCCUAUGAAACAUUAUCAAUGAAUAAUAUCGAUUCGACAUUUAAAUGUCAAGCACAUCUACUUCUUUGCUAUAUUAUAUCAAAAUAUCCUAUUGUUAAACGUAUAAUUACAAAUGUUUUUACGAGUUUAUUAAAAUCAUAUAUUAUUGAUGCGAAAUAUUUAGUUCGACAAGCAACAGAUUUAUUAAUUCCAGCUAUACCAAUACGUAUGGAAGAUGGCAAUGAAGUUUUAGCUGAGUAUACGAAAAAAAUUCUUUCCGAUGAUGCUCAUGGAAAUUUACAAUUAAUGCAUAUUAUGACUAUUAUUGUACGACAUCAAACAAUCUAUUUUCAUGUGCGAUAUACAUUAGCAAAUUUAAUGAUACAAUCAGCACAAAGAAUAGCUGGACAACAAACUAAUUCGAUGGAACAUAAAAAGUUAGCUAUUGAUAUUAUUGAAGUUAUUAUUAAAUGGGAAUUACGAAAACAUAGCGAACAAAUAAAUGAUCAGAAAAAUUUUAGUCGAUCAUUAAUUGACAUAAUGUUUAGUUUUCUUAUUAGACAUGCAUGCCAAAUUAAUAUACCAAAUAUGAUACCGUUAUCACAACAGUGUAUUAGAUUAUUUAAAAUUGCAAGAAAAUAUGCAUGGCCCAAUGUUGAUGUUAAAUUAACUACAUUCGAAAGAUUAAUACAUCAAAUUGAAUCAUCUACUGUGGCUGCUCACAAUUCAAUUGCUAUUGCUAUUGAUCUUCUUGCAUUUCUGAUAUCAACAUUUACCGUCAUACAAAUAAAAUACACUAUGCGUACCCUAAAACGUUCUUUAAUAACAUGUGUAUCAAUAACAAAUAAUCCACGUUUAGUUGAAUCCAUGCAAAAUCUAUUUAGUAAACUUAUUGUUCAAAUUCCUAUUGAACCACCAGCAGCCAUUAUUCCUACAACAGCAACAAAUACUCAACAAGGAUUAUCACCACAACUUGUUCAAGCUACAUUAGCUUCACUUGCAACAGCAUCAACAGCAAUGGGACAAAAUCAACAAACAAUUCUAACAAAUAAUUUACCGUUAUCAUCACAUACAAUGAGUAAAAGUGAAGACAUUGAACAAUUCUAUACGAUUAUAACGAAAACAAUUAUUGAUAAUAUGAAUAAUACACCAACCUCAAUUGUCAAUACAACAGAUAGGUAG